AUGAGAGGUGUCCAAAAAUUAUACAUACCUGUUAGUGCUCCAUGCCUGGUGGAAGAAAAUGUUUUUAGAAAUAUUUGGUUAAGAAAUGAUAAAUAUUUUUAUCCUGGUAAAGAUAUAAUGUUACGAAAAAAUUUAUAUUUUAUUAUUGAAAGUAAUGAAUUGUUAAAUGAUAAUAUUCUUCAACCAAAAGUUAUUAAAGAAUUUAUACAAUUUAUUGAUUGGAUUUCAAAUGCAACAGUUUAUUAUCCUAUAACAAGAACAUCAAAAUUAUCUUAUGAUAAUAAUUUUAAAAAUAAUAGUAUUGAAAAAAUUAAAAGUAAAAUGAUAACAAAGUUACCUUAUACUUAUUCAUCUGUCUGCCUUCAUUAUCAAAAUAGGUGUUUUACAAAUUCUCAUGCACGAUUGUUGGCUGAUAUUUAUUCAAAAUCACAUCAAAAAAUUAUGAAUGUUUCAUAUCCAGUUUUUCAGACACAAUUUAGUACAGAAAGUAUUGACAUAUCAAAAACAUUAGGUGGAGUGGAAUUGGAAGAUGUUAUUGAUAAAACAACAGGUAAAAUUACAAAAAUUGUAAAAUCUGCCAAAACAUUCCUUUUGGUAUAUCAAUUUCGUAAUGAUCAAACAGAGUAUAUUACAAUUAAUGGUACAUCAAUUGAUGUUAAUACAUUAUCAUCACAUUUUGCUAAAGAAAUAAUUAAAUUAAUUCACAUGAAAAAUUUCCCUUUUAAAAGAAUAAAAAUUAACCAUUUUCAUUCUGAUUCAAUUGAUGAAGAGUUAGAUGAAGCAAAUAAAAGAAUUACUCCAAAAUUUUCAAUAACUAUAACAAUUCUUAUUAUAUUUAGUAUAUUAUGUACAUUUACAAUUAUCAAAAUAUCAAUAUCUAAGAAUGAAAAAACAUUUUUAUCAAAUAUUUUUGUGAUUGAUUUUAGAGCAUCAAAACCUUAUUUAUCAUUAAUUGCAAUAUUAUAUACAUUAAUGGCAAUAAUAACUUCUAUAGGUAUUCUUUUAUUUUUUAAUAUUCCAUUUUCUGAUAUUUGUGUUGUAAUGCCAUUUUUAUCAUUAACUAUUGGAAUAGAUGAUUCAUUUUUAUUACUUUCAAGUUGGCAUGACUCAUCAAGAAAAUUAAGAUAUGAUAAAAGAUUAGAAGAAACAUUAUUAAAAGCAGGCUUAUCAAUAACUAUAACAUCAUUAACUGAUAGUUUGGCAUUUUUAAUUGGAAGUUUGGCAGAGUUGUUAGCAGUUAAAUAUUUUUGUUACUACUCUGCAAUUGCUGUUUUUUUUAUAUGGAUAUACUCAUUAACAGUCUACAUUAGUAUAUUAGGAUUUUUAGGAAAAAAAGAAGAAGAAGAAAAAAAUUGUUUCUUAUUAUGGAAAAAUAUAAAUCCAAAAGAAAAUAUUGAUACAAUUAAUGAUAUAAAAAAAGAAAAUAAUAUAUCAAGUUUUGUAAAGAAAAUUUUUAAUACCGGUUAUAAUUCAACAAUCAUUAGCGAUAACAAAAAAAAUAUGUGGUAUUCAACAUUUUUUGGAGAUUAUUAUGCACCAUUUAUAUCAAAACCAUCAAUACAAAUAUUAGCCUUUGUUUCAUAUUUAUUUUAUAUAUAUUUAACAGUUACAGGAAUUAAUUAUCAUUUGUCAAUAGGAUUUGAGGUGUCCUCAUUAUUAAAUUCUGACUCACCAGUAAAAGCAUUUUUUGAUUUAAAGAAAAAAUAUUUUAUUUUUGAUGAAUCAAAAAUUGAAGUUGCUAUUUUAAGAGCACCAAAAUUUUGGAUUAAAAAUGAAAGAGAACUUUUUGAUAAUUUUAUUUAUACUUUACAUAAUGAUGAAUGUAUUAAUUCUGGUGAAAAAAUUGAUCUCUGGUAUUAUGGAUAUAAAGAAUACUUUUCUAAACUUGGCUUCGGAGCCCCUGAAAUUUGGGAAAGUGUAAUAAAAAAUAAUAAAACUUUUGAAAGAAAUUUAAAAGGAUUCUUUAUGGAAAAUGAAAAAUAUAAAUACGAUGUUAUUUUUAAUAAUAAUAUAUCAAAUAUUAAUAAUAAUGGUAUGAUUCAAAGUUUUAGGUUUUCUAUACAUUUAAAUUCAACAAAACUUAAUGAACCAGGUGAUAUUACAUUUUGUUGCAAUAAAAUAAGAAAAUUUUUAAAAACAAAAAAUAUUUUAUUUAAUGAAUUAUUUAAACCUAUAUCAUGGUCACCAUUAUGGGUAUUAUCUGAUCAAUUUUCAAUAAUAUGGGAUCAAACAAUGCAAGAUAUUUAUAUAUCAAUUGUUGUUAUGAUGUUAAUAUCACUUUUAUUUAUACCAUCUAUUUCAUGUUGUAUUGCUAUACCUAUAACUAUUGCUAGUAUUGGUUUUGGUGUUUUAGGAUUUAUGAGUUAUUGGAAUGUUCGUUUAGAUGCCACAAGUAUGAUUGCUAUUGCUAUGAGUGUAGGUUUUAGUGUUGAUUUCGCAGCCCAUGCAACAUUUGCCUUUGUUGAAGCAGAAGGAGAGUUAAGAAAAAAAGAGGUGUUAGAAAAAAGGUUAUCCCAUCAAAAAAAUAUAACACCUGAAUAUAGUAAUCGUUUUUAUUACCCAUACAAACAAUUAUCACUUUCUCUAUCACAUAUAGGUUGGCCAAUUUUACAAUCAUCAUUAGCAGUAUUAUUAGGUAUUUCAGUGUUAGCAACUAUAAAAACAUAUAUUGUUGAGACAUGCUUCAAGUGUAUUUUCUUAGUAAUAUCAUUUGGUUUACUUCAUUCACUUCUUUAUUUACCAUUAACUUUAAUGAAUUUAAAAAUAUUUUUUGAAUGGUAUAGUAAAAAAAUUAAUAAUAAUGAUAAUUAA